AUGGAAUCGGAUAGAUUUGACUACCUCUUCAAGUUUCUGAUUAUCGGCAAUGCUGGAACUGGCAAAACUUGCAUCCUAAGGCGUUACACUGAGCGGAAGUUUUUUCCCAACACACAACAUACUAUUGGGGCUGAAUUUGGUAGUCGAGUCAUCAGUGUGGAUGGAACUCAUGUAAAAAUUCAGAUUUGGGAUACUGCAGGACAGGAACGUUUCCGUUCGAUGGCUCGGUCCUACUACCACGACGCGGUGGGCACUCUACUUGUCUACGACAUCACCAACCGUACCUCUUUUGGCGCCGUCGAACAGUGGCUGGGUGACGCGCGUCAGCUCGCCACGCCUGGUGUCGUCGUAAUCCUCGUCGGCAAUAAGAAGGAUCUCCAGGAUACGGAUGGUCAAGUGACGCACUGGGAGGCGAAUACAUUUGCGCAGGAGAAUGGGCUACAGUUUAUCGAGACCUCAGCCUUGACGGGGGAAAAUAUUGAUGACGCCUUUACAUCGUGUGUACGGGUCCUGUUGAGCAAGGUGAAGUCAGGCGAGUUGGGCGCUGAUCGCCUAUUGGGCGGAAGUAACAAACAGCACCUCCAAGCGGUCAAUCUCACUGCUACCGCUACGUCCGUCUCCGCAUCGGAGUCCUCUGCUGCUACUGCUCAUCCCGAUACAUGCUUGUGCUAA